CUUCUUCCACUCCGACUCUUUGGCGCUUAAUUCCCCUGGUUUAGUUCUGUAUAUAUUAUCCCUGUGAGCUUGCGCUUUUCUUCUUUACAUGCUAUUUUCUCUCUCUCUUCUUGUCAAUGAAAUCAGUAUUACAAUUGCAAUUGCAAUUGGGGUUUAGGAGUUUCUUGAAUCCCUCGAGCGUUGCAGUGAAUCUGUGCAGGUGGAGAGUUGCAACAUUGGUAACUUUUCGGACGAACUCAAUGGCGUCGAAUCGGUCCUCUGUAAGUUUAUCCACACAGAAUGGGAAAAGGAAAGAUAGAAAUUCUGAUGAGAUCGUCGUCGAGGAAAAUGACAGUAAAGUGGACAUUCAAAGUUUCAAGGAUGACCCGUCGAGAAUUGAGGCUAUGACGGUCCAGGAAUUGAGAAUGACAUUAAGAAGCGUAGGUAUUUUGGCCAAAGGACGGAAACACGAGCUUGUAACUGCACUGCAGGGAUUUGUGGAGAAGAAAACAAUUGGUGGUGUUAUUGAUGCAGUAGAAGAUUUUGGAGUGCAACAAACUAAGAGAAACUCAAAUGUAUCACCUUCUGAAGGUGAAACUGUGAAAGUUGAAACCAAAACCUUAACAUCAAAGGAGUCAGUCAAAUCUGACGAGGUUUCAAGUUGUGCAACAAAUAGUGAGCCAUCUAGAACAAAGAGAAAAGUAUCCUCAGAAGUUGUUAGCCGCACUGUAAAGCAUGGGGAUGGAGUAGAGGUGAUGCAAAAUGAACCAUGGACUGUUCUUGCUCAUAAGAAACCUCAAAAAGGUUGGAUCCCAUAUAACCCUAGAACCAUGAGGCCUUCACCUCUUUCCAAGGAUACAAAAUCUUUGAAAAUUUUAUCUUGGAACGUCAAUGGUUUAAGAGCAUUACUUAAGCUAGGGGGAUUUUCAGCGUUGGGACUAGCUGAAAGGGAAGCUUUUGAUAUACUGUGCUUACAAGAGACCAAAUUGCAGCCAGCUAGUCGGUCAGAGAGAGUUGGAGGGAGACAAAGAUCGUCGCUUGGAGAUGGAGGCUUCUAUACGGAGAAGGACAUACUGGAAAUUAAAAAGUCUCUCAUGGAUGGAUAUCAUCAUACCUAUUGGACUUGUAGUGUUUCUAAACUUGGUUAUUCUGGAACUGCAAUCAUAUCCCGGAUACAACCACUUUCAGUCAGAUAUGGUGUAGGCAUAUCAGAACACGACGGUGAAGGGCGGCUUGUGGUGGCGGAGUUUGAUUCAUUUUUUUUAUUAAGUGUUUAUGUUCCUAAUUCUGGAGAUGGAUUAAAGAGACUGUCAUACAGGAUUACCCAGUGGGAUCUAUCUCUCAGUAAGUAUAUUAAGGAGUUAGAAAAAUUGAAGCCUGUGAUUUUGUCUGGUGAUCUGAAUUGUGCUCAUCAAGAGAUAGACAUCUAUAAUCCUGCGGGAAAUCGGAGAAGUGCUGGGUUCACAGAUGAAGAAAGGAAAUCGUUUGAGACAAACUUUUUGGAAAAGGGGUUUGUAGAUACAUUCAGACAGCAACACCCUAAUGUUGUUGGCUAUACAUAUUGGGGUUAUCGUCACGGUGGACGCAAAACCAACAGAGGAUGGCGGCUUGACUAUUUUCUUGUGUCGGAUUCGAUAGCGGAGAAAGUGCACGACUCUUACAUACUCCCUGAUGUGGGAGGCAGUGAUCAUUGUCCCAUCGGCCUUGUGCUCAAGCUGUAGCCUGUAGACUCAAAAUCCUCCUCACCCAAUUUCCCUCUAUGUUGCUGUCUAAUCUCCUUUUCAUUUUAAUUUUGUACACUUUUUUCAUAUAUACCCAACUCUUGACCUCCACUUUUGUGAACUCAAAUACAGAACAGCACUUGGACUUUGUGUUCUUGUGUCAUUAUGAUUCA